AUGGACGACCUCGACGAGUACGAUCAUCGUCUGGAGUCAUGCAGAACCCAUUGGGCGCAUCCUCUCAUCACGCCAGUGGUGUUGCUUCAAGUACAGUUCAUGCGAUGCGAAGAAGCUGUCAGCGAAAACAACUCCAACGUAGCCCAUCUGGAAUACGACGUCAGCAACAUUGCCGGUUUCGACGCAACAGACACUGGAAGGCGUCUCAGCAGGACCUUUAGCAACGGAAAGGACGGAGAGAGGAUUGCAUGGGGUCCCAUGACUAUGACGAAGCUCAUGAAGAGAGCACACGAAGUUCUCAAGGAUACCAUCAAGCUUCUCGACACCAUUAGAUGGAUGGAGCGAGCUAUCAAAGUUCUGAUACUAGCUGGCGACGAACUCAACGAACGAGUGGGAAACAGCUUAUGUUUCGGCCAGGAUCUUAGCAUGCUGAGUCCCAACAUCAUGGACCCUUCAGGAGGACCGCCUCCAACGUAUGUCAGAGGCAAGAUGCCGUGCUCAAAUCGAUAUGCAUCCUCCCGUGACAGCUCUUCCAUGAAGGCACUGGCUGUCAUAACUGCUAUCUUCCUCCCCGGCGAGUUUCUCGGCACGCUCUUCGGCAUGUCCAUGUUUGACUGGCUCGGCCCAGACGAAGAAGGCGACGACGGCGCGAACCCCAUGACCGACGCAGUGAAAGUAAAUCGAUUCGGGCAGAAUUUCUGGUACUACUGGGCCACCGCCGUACCCCUUACCAUCACGAUUCUCGUCGCAUGGCGAGUUUGGUGGGUUAGUCAGGACCGCUACUUCCGACGCCAUCUAUCACAGGAGCUCAGCGAGGAGAGAUACUGGACUGCUGAUGGGAAACCUCGACAGCUUGAACGUAGUUUCCUCUGGGACUUCUUUUAUCUUUCCGCAAGGCGGGAUGAGAAGCCGCGUGCAGUGGUAGCGGAGGAACUGGCUGAGCUUGAGACUGUCAAAUCUACUAUGAAGGAAGGCUACAAUGGGGGGCUGCCUCGGACUACGAGCGUGAGGCAGAGGCAGAUCCUCGAGACGAGGAAGUGGAGUCUUCAUCAAAGGGGGGCGAAUACAGUUGUAUAA